CUGCAGCCCUGUUCCAAAAGGAACGUGAUCAAUUUUCACCCGGUGCAAAAACGCCUACCCGGGCCAGAUUAUACGAAUCUUUCCCAAUGCAAUGAACGGGACAGCGGUGCUUGAAGAAGUGAUGGGCGAGUAAAAUCGAUCAACUCUCGGUUUUGUUUCUAAAGAUUGGUGUCAACGUAAAGUCAAUCCAAGUUUUUGGUGUUUAUUUGCAAGUUACGGCGGGACUCAAACAACAUACGGAGGGGAAUUGAAAAUGGAGGUAGAAAAGGAAAUAAAGAAGAUGACCCUGGGCCACGAGAUUGGUGCCGGAGCCGCGUGCCUGAAAUGCAAGGACAAAUGCGAGGGGUUCGAGCUGCACUUCUGGAGAAAAAUCUGCCGGAACUGUAAGUGUGGCCUGAUGGACCACGAUGUUCAGAUGAACUCUGAGGAUGACCGGAAGGUUGGUAAGCUGUUUGAGGACACCAAGUACACGGGUCUCGUCGCCAAGCUCAAGACAGACGGCGCCCCCACAUACAAGGGCAACCAGGUCACCUUCUCCAUCUCCCCCAGCCCCAUGUCAGCCACCUCUGUACCAUACAGUCCCCACACUGUGCCAGCCAAGGCUGGCUAUGGUGCUGAGGGUGGGGCUGGGGCCGUACCUGGGUCUGGUGCUGGUGCCGGUUAUGGGGCCAGUGCUGGGGCCGGUGCUGGGCCCGCUACCAUGUCCAAACCAGGGGCAAUCAGACCUAAUGCUGUGUCAGUCAAUGUCGUGCCAGUCAGGAAGGAUGCUGUGAAGUCUGUCACCUACGAGUGGGCACCACCAGGGGUCAAACAGUAUAUGGCUGUCCGCUACAUUGAGCUCCUGCCCCCAGAGAGGCGUCCCAUAGCGGGCACAGAGGGUGCAGCCUACCGCCGGCAACAGAUGGCAGUGCAGCUACCGGAGCAUGACCAGGACCCGGCCAAGUGCCACGAGCUUACCCCCGCAGAGGUGAAACAGAUGCAGCAGUUCGUCCGCAAGUACAAGGACGAGGCCCUGGGAGUGGGAGACAUCAAGCUGCCCGAGGAGAUGAUGGGACAGGGUCUGGGUCAGGAGAGAGCACCAGGCAUGGGAGCACCAGGCAUGGGAGCACCAGGCAUGGGAGCAGCAGGCAUGGGAGCACCAGGCAUGGGAGCACCAGGCCAGGGAGGACCAGGACAAGGACGACCAGGGAUGGCAGAACACCCAGGGAUGGCAACAGCUGGGGGAGCCUUUGGGCCUGCAGGUCCUGGUCUUCGGACUAGACCCGGGGCUGGGGGUGCACUUGGGCCAGCAGGACCAGUUCAGCCUGGGACGGGGGCUGGGGGUUACCCUGGGGCUGGAAAGGGUGCACCAGAAGACAUGGGUACUGCUGCCACCACUACCGCUGGGUCAAUGGGCACUCCGGGAGCCCCUGGAUCUCACCAGGCUGGUCCCUGUGGACAAUACUCGUGCCACCAGUGCCAACUGCCCAUGCGUCAGGGCGAGCCUGCGGUGUACGCAGAGCGUGCUGGCUACGACAAGCUGUGGCACCCGGCCUGCUUCGUGUGCUGCACCUGCUCAGAGCUCCUGGUGGACAUGAUCUACUUCUGGAAGAAGGGACAGCUCUACUGCGGACGCCACUACGGAGACAGCGAGAAGCCCCGCUGUGGAGGCUGUGACGAGCUGAUCUUCAGUAAUGAGUACACACAGGCCGAGGACCAGAACUGGCACCUGAAACACUUCUGCUGCUUCGACUGUGACUGUGUUCUGGCUGGAGAGACCUAUGUUAUGGAGAACAACAAGCCUGUCUGCAAGCCCUGCUACAUGAAGAGCCACGCAGUAGUAUGUACAGCCUGUCAGAACCCAGUGGAGCCCGAGGCCCAGCGCGUCUCCUACGGGGAGUUCUACUGGCACGCUGAGCCCCAGUGCUUCCAGUGCUCCUGCUGUGCUAAGUGUCUCAUUGGAGAGCGCUUCAUGGCCAUACAGGGCAUGCUCUUCUGCUCUGUCGAGUGCAAGAAGAAGACCAUGACCUAGAGAAGACUAUAUGGCCCAGAGCAGCUCAACCUGAUGACAAAAUUAUUCAAGUCUGGUCUAGAAUGCGAACAAUGGUAAUUUCCCUUGACCUCAAACAAGGUGGUUCAGUCUGCAACUGAUUCUUGCUCAGAUCAACUCUGCUCCUGAUGACAACCAACCCCAGUCCUGAACUCAGCUAAUUUUAGUUUUCACUCUGCUUAUUUCCGCUCAAGACAGCAACCGAUCAUCUGAAUAACAGUUGGGAAUAACCUCAAUAUUGUCUGUUUCUCACUUGACAUGCAACUGUUUUGUUCUACUGCAUCUCAAUGAAACUACUCUAGUUUUAUUGAGAUACAUUUUGUUGAAGUCUUGUUUCAGCACAC